CUCUACCUCAUAAACACCUCUGUACAAGUGGUGGGGUUACUCCCCUGGCUACCCCUCCAUCACGCCAGUAUUGUCCCCGCCCUCCUGCACCUACCAUCUGUUGCGGACAUGAAGGGGACUCCCAGCAACUUGGACACCCUGCUGUGGGUCUACCACUUCCACAGCUCCACCGAGGUGGCCCUACAGCCUCCGCUUCUAUCUUCCCUGGAACUUGCUGUGGCCGCAGCUCAGGAAUAUCUGGUGCAAAGGAUCAGAGAACUUAAGUCCCAGGACUCCCUGGAAUCCGAUAAGCCGCCUACCCAGAAGGCCACCUUAGGGCUGGUGCUAAGAGAAGCUGCCACCAGCAUCAUGAGCUUUGGCGCCACCUUGUUAGAGAUCUCAGCCCUCUGGCUGCAGCAGGAGGUGCAGCGAGUGGACAGCGGCGACGGUUGCCUGGGCCCAGCCCCGGACACUGGGGACCCGGGUAGGGCGCUGGCCCGCGUAGCCCUGGCCGCAGGUCAGGGGAUUCGGCAAGCUGGAGCAGCAGCUGGCUCAAGUGCCCGGUACCUGAUCCAGGGGGCGUGGCUCUGCCUGUGCGGACGCGGUUUGCACGGGUCCACCUCAUCCCUGCAACAAACCCUACGCCAACUGGGCCUUGGGGUCCCCCGGGAUCCGAGACACUCGGGAGACCUCAAGGUGGCAUCCAGCAGCAGUGAGGAGAACGAGGGGACCAAAUAAUCCAUCACCGUCCCAGCCCCACCCUGUGUCCAAAUAAAAGCCCAGAACGGGACAACUGCAA